AUGGCCGUGCAGAAUUGUGAUGCCCAAUUGCCCAGUACAGCCAACUUGAAAGGGCAACCCACACCAGUCGAACCCUCAAGAUGCCAUGAACAGUCCAGCUCAGAGCGAAAGCAAAUCCACUUUAUGCCGAUUCCCAUGCAGGACUUGAUCCAUUUUUAUAUAAAACGUUUCUUGUUUCUCCUGUUUGUAAAACCCAUCUCGUUGCAGACUCCAUAUCUGCAGAAAAUGGCAGGGAAUAUUGGCUUUCCUGUCUGUCUUUUGAUCACGAUUAUGGACAUUACAGCAGGAAUUCUUGGAAUUCAAGGAGAAAUUGAUCAGAACAAGGUUAACCAUCUGAGAGCGUGGAAUUUUGAAUGUAGAGACCCUGGCAACCAAGCUUUCAAGCAUGGUAUAGCUGCAGUGCUACUCUUGUUAACGACACACGUUAUAGCGAAUUCGCUGGGAGGGUGCAUUUUCAUUAGAUCUAAAGAAGAACUGGAUCAAGCUUCUCCUAACAAGCAACUUGCCUCUGCAUCCCUCGUACUGUCAUGGAUUAUGUUGGGUUUUGCAUUCACAUUGCUAAUUUCUGGAACAUUGUCAAACUUGAAAUCAAGAAAAGAUUGUGGAAUAGCACAUCAUCAUCUACUGUAUGUUGGAGGAAUUUUGUGUUUUAUUCAUGGACUCUUUUCGGUUGCCUAUUAUGUUUCUGCUACUGCUUUCAUUAGAGAGGAGAAACUGCGUCCGCAUGGAAGCAGCGAAAACAAACCAAAUCAACAUGGAACUGAGGCCUGA